AUGGCCUAUGUCAUCAAAGGGGAUGAGGAGAAAGUCUUGAAGUUGAAAAAGGCGUUGUAUGGCUUAAAACAAGCACCAAGGGCAUGGAAUAGUAGAAUUGAUAACUACUUUCAAAAGAAUGGCUUCACCAAAUGCAACAAUCCAAGUAUGUUCGAGGAUUUCAAGAAAGCAAUGACUCAAGAAUUCGAAAUGACAGAUAUUGGUCUCAUGUCCUAUUAUCUUGGAAUUGAAGUAAAGCAAAUGGAGAGAGGAAUUUUUAUUUCUCAAGGAAGUUUCGCAAGGGAAAUGCUAAAAAAGUUCAAGAUGAACAAUUGCAAACAUGUUAGCACUCCGGUAGAAUGUGGGAUUAAAUUGUCAAAGCAUGAAGAAGGAGAAAGGGUGGAUCCAAAAAUCUUCAAGAGUUUAGUUGGAAGUUUGAGAUAUUUGACAUGCACAAGGCCGGAUAUUCUCUAUGGAGUUAGGCUUGUUAGUCGCUAUAUGGAAUCACCUACUACAACUCAUUUCAAGGCGGCUAAAAGAAUUCUUCGCUAUGUCAAAGGUACAAUUGAUUUUGGUCUACUUUAUUCAUCCUCUAAUGAAUUUAAACUUGUGGGUUACAGUGAUAGUGAUUGGGGUGGAGAUGUAGAUGAUAGAAAGAGCACAACUGGAUUUGUUUUUUAUUUGGGGAGUUCGGCAUUUACUUGGAGUUCUAAAAAGCAACCAAUUGUGACACUUUCAACAUGUGAAGCUGAAUAUUUUGCCGCUACAUCAAGUGUUUGUCAUGCAAUUUGGUUGAGGAAAUUGUUGAAAGAGCUACACAUGCCACAAGAGGAUGCUACGGAAAUUUUUGUUGACAACAAGUCGGCAAUUGCAUUGGCGAAAAAUCCGGUAUUCCAUGAUCGGAGCAAACACAUCGACACAAGGUAUCAUUUUAUUAGAGAGUGCAUUGUCAAGAAGGAGGUACAACUCAAGUUUGUGAAGACUCACGAUCAAGUUGCGGAUAUUUUUACAAAGCUCCUAAAGAAUGAGAUUUUUAGCAAGCUACGAGCAUUACUUGGAGUCACUGGAAAUUAA